AUGGUGCAUGAUCCGCAUAAGAUCACUAGUUUGUGGGCGAAUUAUUUUGAAGAUUUGCAUGAGUUUAAACGAUAUGAAAAUGAAAACAUCUUUGAUAGUGGUUUCCGGAAGGACAUUGAAUCUGAGAUUCAUCGAUUGGAUCUUCUCGAAGAUGAGAGCGACACUGUUCUCGCCCAAUGGUAUGGUAUUUGGAGAGAA